GCGUCUCCUGGGUGCCCCAGAGGCCCUUCUGCCCUCCUCCGUGCUCCUCUUCCCACCGCCUCCCAGGUUGGCGCCCCCGACUGUUGGGGCUGCGGCAGCAUCAGUCUCCGCCCCGGGGACCAGCACUUUCUUGAAUAUUCCUUCCUGAGGAGGAAUCACCCUGUUGAGUUUUCCGAGCUCCUCUCCUACCUGGUCCUGCCUAAAAAGCUAAGGAGUACGCGAGGGUUUUCGGCCUCCACAGCAGCAGAUGGUUAGCGUGUGGCAAUGGAGAGCGGUUUUUAAAGCUUAUAGCUGACGGGGAAGCGUUCGGGCAUUUUUAUCCUGCCGAAGAGUCGUGGGGUCUGGGAAGAGGACCUACCCGCGGAAGUUCAGGCUUUACUCAUCUGUUGCGCGCAGCGGUGCUGCCGGAGCAGCUGGAGGUGUGCGAUCCUGUAAAAGUAAGCCUCUGAAGAUGAUCUGGUGUAUUUUAGUUGUAGGGUUUCUACUUCCCCAGUCUUUGGCUGAUCCAGGCUUUUUUACUUCAAUUGGUCAGAUGACUGAUUUGAUCCGUACUGAAAAAGAUCUGGUGACUUCCCUGAAAGACUAUAUUAAGGCAGAAGAGGACAAAUUAGAACAAAUAAAAAAAUGGGCAGAGAAGUUAGAUCAGCUAACCAGCACAGCAACAAAAGAUCCAGAAGGAUUUGUUGGACACCCUGUAAAUGCAUUUAAGUUAAUGAAACGUCUGAACACUGAGUGGAGUGAGUUGGAGAAUCUGGUCCUUAAGGAUAUGUCGGAUGGUUUUAUCUCUAACCUAACCAUUCAGAGACAGUACUUCCCUAAUGAUGAAGAUCAGGUUGGGGCAGCCAAAGCUCUGUUGCGUCUCCAGGAUACCUACAAUUUGGAUACAGAUACCAUCUCAAAGGGUGAUCUUCCAGGAGUAAAACACAAAUCAUUUCUAACAGUUGAGGACUGUUUUGAGUUGGGCAAAGUGGCCUACACAGAAGCAGAUUAUUACCAUACAGAACUGUGGAUGGAACAAGCACUAAGACAGCUGGAUGAAGGCGAGGUUUCUACAAUUGAUAAAGUCUCUGUUCUAGAUUAUUUGAGCUAUGCAGUGUACCAGCAGGGAGACCUAGAUAAAGCACUUUUGCUCACAAAGAAGCUUCUUGAACUAGAUCCUGAACAUCAGAGAGCUAAUGGUAACUUAAAAUAUUUUGAGUAUAUAAUGGCUAAAGAAAAAGAUGCCAAUAAGUCUGCUUCAGAUGACCAAUCUGAUCAGAAAACCACACCGAAGAAAAAAGGGGUUGCUGCGGAUUACCUACCAGAGAGACAGAAGUACGAAAUGCUGUGCCGUGGGGAGGGUAUCAAAAUGACUCCUCGGAGACAGAAAAAACUCUUUUGCCGCUACCAUGAUGGAAACCGGAAUCCUAAAUUUAUUCUGGCUCCAGCCAAACAGGAGGAUGAGUGGGACAAGCCUCGUAUUAUUCGCUUCCAUGAUAUUAUUUCUGAUGCAGAAAUUGAAAUUGUUAAAGAUCUAGCAAAACCAAGGCUGAGCCGAGCUACAGUACAUGACCCUGAGACUGGAAAAUUGACCACAGCACAGUACAGAGUAUCUAAGAGUGCCUGGCUCUCUGGCUAUGAAAACCCUGUGGUGUCUCGAAUUAAUAUGAGAAUACAAGAUCUCACAGGACUAGAUGUCUCCACAGCAGAGGAAUUACAGGUAGCUAAUUAUGGAGUUGGAGGACAGUAUGAACCCCAUUUUGAUUUUGCACGGAAAGAUGAGCCAGAUGCUUUCAAAGAGCUGGGGACAGGAAAUAGAAUUGCUACAUGGCUGUUUUAUAUGAGUGAUGUGUCAGCAGGAGGAGCCACUGUUUUUCCUGAAGUAGGAGCUAGUGUUUGGCCCAAAAAGGGAACUGCUGUUUUCUGGUAUAAUCUGUUUGCCAGUGGAGAAGGAGAUUAUAGUACACGGCAUGCAGCCUGUCCAGUGCUGGUUGGAAACAAAUGGGUAUCCAAUAAAUGGCUCCAUGAACGUGGACAGGAAUUUCGAAGACCAUGCACCUUGUCGGAAUUAGAAUGACAAACAGACUUCCCUUUCUCUCCUGUUGUACUCUGAUGUGUCUGAUACACACAUUUCCUAGUCUUAACUUUGAAGAGUUUACAGUUGACUAACACUCCAUGAUUGAUUCAGUCAUGAACCUCAUCCUAUGUUUCAUCUGUGGACAAUCGCUAACUUUGUGGGGGUUUUUUUUUCUUUUAAAAGUAACACUUAAAACACCACAUUUUACAUAUGAAACCUUAAAGUUCAGUUGGUAUCACAGAGGACAAAGCAAGGCAGGGUAAAAAAUGAGGAAUUUUUACAUUUAUGGUAUAUUUUAAAGAACUUUUUUUGGUUGGAUAAAAAAUACAAUUUAGGCAUCUGAUUAUAGUAUUUCAGUACAUCUCAGUUGAUGGGUGGUAGGCUAGAAUGGUCCGUGUGAUUAAGGAACAGAUGCCGUAUAGUAUGGACCUAGGUAUUAUGUUUACCUAGUCUCAACAACUCCCUUCUGGAUCUGCCUGAAGACUAGGAAUAAAUUAGCCCUGUAAAGUGGGUUCCAUACAAUGUUUGCCCCUCCAUAUGCUAUUCUAAUUUGAUUUUUUUUCUCCCAAGUCAUUUUUAAAGUAUGCUUUAUUUUACCAAACCCCUUCUUUCAUAGCUCCUCUGUGGUGAAUUAAAUCUGAGUUACAAUACUUUGAUUAAAAAAAAAUGUUUAACAGAAGGUCCUACAUUAAAAGAUUGGCCCUUCUUAACUAAAAUGAUCAUGACUUGGUCUGUUUCUUGUUUUUCUUAAAUGACUGAUGAUUUUGUCCAAAAAAUUUUGCUGUUUUUCUUAGUGCUAAUUCCUUGCCUCUUAUUUCAGCUACCUACAGCAGGGGAUGAUGAUGUUGGCAUUCGGAUUAAAAAAAUAUCGUGCCUUAGGAGACUGGAAAUUUAAAAAUGUACAAGUCCUUUCAAUGAUGAGGGAAUUGAUAUAAAAGGAGUUUUUCCUAAAAAGCCAAAAUGUUUGUUUUUUCAAUUCUGAAAUGUGUUGUGACAACAGUGACCUAUUUAUGAUCUUAAAUCUUUUUUAAAUGUU